AUGACCCCCUUUGAGAAGCCAGUAGUCGUCGGACUUCGCGUCGAGAGGCAUUACCUACGAUGGUUCGCCCCAUCAUCCUGCUGCUUGCAAGCUUCCUCGCCUUGGCUUCUGCUCAGCAAAAGAGCCCAGGUUUGAGCUUUCGUGUCCCUCCAGGAAAAAUUCAGAAGAGCUGAUCCACUUUUUGGUUAUGACUGAGAGCAUGAGCUCAUUUUUUUCUGAUAUUUUACAAUCCCAAUUUCAAACUUGUUAUCUUAAUCAAAUCAAGAAAAAAACUGACAGAAUUUUUUUCAAUUUUUUUCCAACUAAUUAACUUUCUCAGAAGUUCUGAAAUACCGAUUGAUAAGGAAUGAGGAAAGUUAUCCAGUAUUCAUUGUCCGAAAAAACCAGUUUCGAUCCUGAAUAAUUUACAACAAAAAUGAAACCGGUCGGAUAAAAGCCGACUUAUAGCUUAUAGAAGAGAUUUUUUUUUGAUUGAAAGCCUAUUAAAGGAUUUGAAAAGAACACUGAGAAAUCGCGGGCAACUUUUUGAGAUGACUGAAGUCUCUCAAAUAGGAUCUUUUGUAGUUUGAUGAAUCGGAAAAAAAGUAUCUUCAGGUAAAAAAAGUAUUUUUUUCAAUUUUUUUUAUUGAUUAACCUCAUUCGUACUAAAUAUCAAAUCUGAAGCUUUGAAAGUCAUAAAUUGAAAUUCAGUCUCAAGGUUUUUAAAAUUUGACCAGGAUUUUUUUCGAAUUUUUCUGAAAAAGAGGCUUACUUUGCAAAUUUUCUAAAGACCAGAGGAUACGAAAAUCUGGAAUCGUGCGAAUUACUGAGCUCUUUUUGCAACUAAGUUAAAAAAUUUGAAGAUUUUAAAUUAUUGUACUUAUUAGUAAUAGAAAAUUUAAAAAUUAAAGGAAAACGUAGGAUUCCUUCCGACUUCCAGUUCGUAACUGCGAAUCUUCAUAACUCCAAUUGAUUAGGUCUAAUUUCGACCAUCGAAGAUGUGGGAAUACUUAGUUGUCGGACCGACUAAUUGGUUGAAGGUGAAAUUUCAUGAGAAAAGUGAGUUUUGCGCAACAUUCGGUCAGCGACGCUUCUCUCAAAUCGGAAUUCCCAUAUCUGACGAAACAGUCUCGGGACUACCAGGCGAUGACCCAGAUGCAGGACAACCAACGGGUUCCUAUCGCAUCCAUCCAAGCUCUCUGGCUUCUGAAUCCGCUACCACACGCAGGGGAUCGGACUUUGAUGGGCUUUCCAAACGGCUUCGGACCGUGUCCUCCGUAACAUUAGCAUAUGAAGGCUGGUUUCCGUUUCGGAAAUCCUUCCAAAUGGGUUCUCAACGGAGAAAACCUAGCCAAAUGUUUAUUUUCAUAGCGGAACUCGUUUCCAGACCUUUCUCUUGAAAUCAAGAAAUCUUUUUAUGAACAAAGUCUUCUGAAUUCAUUUUUUUAGAAAAACUUUCAGCGAAAUGUGGAAACCAAGCUUCCGGCUUCUUCGUCCUCGACAACGCGGAACUGGAAUUGCAGGACACGAUUGUCUAUAAGACGACUUCUGAAGAUGAUUGUAUCCGGACUUGCUCCAACAACCGGGUAAUCAAUAUUCACGUUUCAAAGAAAAUGGGGAGGAAAAAAUUAGAAACUAGUGAAUAUUCUAUUAGGAUCAAGGCUGUGGAAUCCUUAAAAACUUUCAAAACAGUUUUAGUAAUUUCAUAAGGAACGUUACAAAUUUUUUGUGUAGAAGUUUGCCUCAAUUACCUGAGCGUAUGUUCAAUCCGAAAGAAGUGAAGAGGUAGGUUUGACUUCUAUUCAAAGGUAAAAAAAAAGUGAUUGACGUCGCUGGAACCAUUAGAAUACUCAACUAAAGUUACAGGACCAGUUCAAGCGGGAAAUCGAAUGCGCCUCUUUCAUGUACGAUCAUGCUAGCUUCUCCUGCACGAUUUACAAAGCCAAAGCUGGUCCAGUUGGCAAUGCGGUCAUGAAUCCUUCAGUCGGCAAAAGAUACUUUGAGAAGUUCUGCCUCAAACGUGAGAUUAUCAUUUCAUGCAACUCUCUGUGGAUCAUUGUUUUAGUUUCAUUUUUAAAACGAGUGGUUUCUGAUCGCAAUUGAUCUGAGCAAGAAAAUUUGAGCUUUAGAAUAACAUUUAAAAGUCAUUAAUUAUUAUUAUUUAAAGCUUUUUUUAACCUAAAAAAAUGUAUUUUUUAGCGAGCUUGCCUCCUCAGUGCGCAGAUUCUCAAUUCAUCCGAGUUGACGACUCGGUUUUGGUUGGUUACGCCAUGAACUUGACUGUCGUAGACACUCUGGAAGACUGUGUUUCAGUUUGUGUCAGCGAACCUCUCUGCAAGGUAUUCAUGGAAACUGAAAAAUUCAACUUUCAAAAACUUCAGUCGGCAAUGUUCUUUUACGAAGACAAGGAGUGUAUCACCAACAGCGAAUCAGCUAUCACUAAACCCAGCGCUUUCACCAAGGAAGACAUUGACCGCGUCGUGUACUUCCAGAACGGUUGCGACAUGAACAGUGAGACCUCAUGAAGAAAAAUCGAGUUUAAAUCAAGUUUAGAACUUGCUGAGACUCCUUCAGAAGCGGCUGAUUCUCAGCCAGCACCUGGUGAGCCAGGUAAACUUUUUCUUUAAUUGCAACAACCUUGCAUAAAUGCAUGUAUGCACAAUGUCAACAAAUACACACUUUUGCACCAGAAUCCGAGCUGCACCCAGACGAAGAAGACGAUUCCAAAGUUCAACCUGGAACUGAACAAUCUGAGAGCCUUGAGGGUAAGAGCAUCACAUUUUAGCACUCGCAUCACUUUGUAAUUUUCAAAAAAUGAAAACUUUGGGAUCUAACUGGAAGAUUUCAGCCUCCGGAAGCGACGAAGUCAAGGCUCAAGAAGGUACAUCAGCUUCUAAAGUUCAAGAGACCAAAUCUACAUCUGGCACUUCUCCAACAUCUCUUGAAAAUGUAAAGAUCGCUAAUUACAUAGAAAAACAAUAGAGCGACAUUUUCAGGAAGAGUACGACAGCAACGAAGCGAGUGAAGGAGAAAACGAGUACGAAGAAGAAGAAGUUGAGCCAACUUCUGAAGAAGUAGAAGAGCCUACUCUCCCUCCGACCACCACUUCCUCCACCGAAGCUUUUGUUGAAGAGGAAGUCGUUGUUAAAAAGAAGAAGACCAAGUCUGCGCUUGAGAAAAAGUCAGUACUAUCAAAAUCAACCAUUUCAAUUGUUAAUAUUCAGAUACAAGAAACAUCCACGCAACUUUGCAUCAAAGACUUUGAACGUUCCGAAGCACAAGAAAAUAUCCGUGAGUUUCUCACGAUGAGUCUCAAAAUAUACUUUUUGAUGUUCAGAAAAAACAAUACGAAUACCUUGGAGAGCAGGAAGUUGUGUCGAAAACUGUCGAAGAGUCCAACUCUGCUUCUUCUGACAGUGAAGAACCUUCGGAUGAGCUUAAGCCGACUAAGAAGUCUUUGAAGAUGAAGAAAGUCGCUACACCAGAAGAGGUGAGAAACAGUGAAUUUUUUGCGUCUUAGGGUUUCCUGAGCUAAAACUUUUAAUAAUGACAUUAAAAACCAAGAGGAAAUAAUCAACUACCCUUCUAGAAAUUCAGAAAUGCAUGAGCAUACGGAAAUCCAUUGAUAUGAACAUCUUACAGGAGGGAAAUUACUUCUCCGACUGGUCGGACUGGACACCAUGCACCAAGAGUGGUGAGCGUCAAAUCCGACGACGUCGCUGCCUGGAUCUGCGUCGAUGCUUGGGAGCCCUCAUGCAAGUCCAGAACUGUCCGGCGAUCCUCCCCACAACGAGUUGGCUUUUUUUCAACUAGUUCCGUUCUAUAAAAAAUUCUCAGCCCCAGUCGCCAUCGAAUCCGUCCGCAGCGUUGUCGACACCAACGGCGACGAUUAUGACGAUGGUUCCCUGAAACAGAAAAUUGCAACUUUAUUGUGAUUUUAGCUUCGAACUUUGAAAAUAUCACGCCGCCUAAACCGUCUCCGAAAGAUCGAGACGUCAAAGAGGCUCCUGCCGUCAACGUUUGGGGUCCAUGGCAAGGAACUUGUCAAGUAAGUUUUAACGGAAUUCAGAAAAAGUUCAUUAUCUUCAUAGGUUUUGAACGGAUAUAAAUUUGACAUCAAUUUUCACAGAGCUCUCUUAAUAAAAUAUUCUUGAGAUAUAAGUUUUUAAGAAAAAGUAUUAUUAACCUACUUAUUGGUUGGGAUAAGCUCUAGAAAAAAAUCCUGAAUCAAGCAAAAAAACUUCAAUGAAAAAAAGAAAAGGAUGGUUGCCAAAUUCAAUAAAAAAAUGUUUCUUGAAAAAAAUACUUGCCAUUACGUUUCAACAUUAAAAAAAUCACUGAGUUUUUCAUAACAAGAAUGAAAAAAACUUGAUAAUCAACUUCUCAGUUCAAAAAAAUUUUUCUUCUUAAUAUUUUUUUCGAAGCUUUCAACCUGUAAAUUGGUAAACUUCAUAUUUUGUCCUCUUUGAAGAAUCUUAUCUUCUCACAUCAUCGCUACAUUUGCGGUGAGAUGAAAAGUCGGCAAAAAAAUAAACAAACGGCGGUGAAGUAAAUGGUUCCAUGGGAAAGCCGUCUACAUGGAAAAAUGGAAAUUGUUGAAAUUUAGGAACUUUUUUGGCGGUUUUGAACAAAAGACAACACAAAAAUCAUUUUUUGUUUUAGUUGAUUUUCACAAAGGAUUUUGAAGAAAGAUCAACAGAAAGUUCCUCAAACAAUAAAAUUUCAAGGAAUUCACUACAAAUUCGAUUUACAGCACUUUGCCUCGAGCCAACCGUGCAACAACGGCAACAUGAUCGGUUUCGAAUCCCGUGAAUGUGUCGCCAAAGACGCCGCGCUUUGUGAAGGACCUUUCUUCCGCUACUGCACUUUGUCCUGCUAG